CAAAUGAGCUGACAAUGAUCGGAUUGAAAGCGUCGACUCUUUGAGGCAGCAGGGGCAUUGAAAUCAAACCGAAAACCAAAAGCAGCACCAGCAGCAGGAGUAACACAUCCUGAUAUACACAUAUAUAUUCUGAAUUAUUUCGUGAGUCAAAGCUGAAAACCAGAGAGAAGCCCUGAAUACCUUGUUGCAAGGAUAGCAGCUGCAAUAAUGCACAUAUCUGCUGAGGUCAGUUCGACCACCUCAAAUCAAAUACAGCAGCAACAUCAGCAGCAGCAGCAACAGCAGCAACAUCAGCAGCAACAGCAACAUCAACAGUUGCAGCAGCAACAUCAGCAAACAACAAAUACCACAACGAAGCGACGCAAUGCUGAGUCCUCUUCCAACAACAACAACAAUAACAGUACUAACAACAAAAAUAAUAACAACAACAAUAAUAAUAAUAAUAACAACAACACUACAAAUAAUAAUAAUAACAAUAAUAAUAAUAAUAAUAAUGUUAAAACAAAACCCGUGGAUACAAGUCCUUACCUGACGCCGGAGAAUCUCAUCGAAAGAACCGUCGAUGUCCUUCUUGCCGAACAUCCUGGCGAGCUGGUCAAGACGGGAUCACCUCAUGUGGUCUGCACAACAUUACCCACUCAUUGGCGUUCGAAUAAGACACUUCCGAUCGCCUUUAAGGUCCUGGCAUUGGGCGAGGUCAUGGAUGGGACAAUAGUCACCAUCCGGGCCGGUAAUGAUGAAAAUUUCUGCGGAGAAUUGAGAAAUUGUACGGCGGUAAUGAAGAAUCAAGUGGCUAAGUUUAAUGACUUGAGAUUCGUGGGCCGAAGUGGAAGAGGCAAAAGCUUCACCCUGACAAUUGUCAUCUCAACGAAUCCCAUUCAAAUAGCCACCUACACAAAGGCCAUCAAGGUGACCGUUGACGGACCCAGGGAGCCCAGAUCAAAGGUCAGGCACCAGGGCUUCCAUCCAUUCGCAUUUGGGCCACAGCGCUUCGGACCAGAUCCUCUGAUGGCAGGCCUGCCCUUCAAGCUGCCAGGAUUUGCACAUCAUCUGGUGGGGAUGCACAGCCAUCUGCACGCCCCCGACUGGCGCGCCCACAUGGCCUUGCGUGGGCGGCCGGCAGGAUUUCCCGCAGGACCUUUUUUCGGCCAUCAUGCGGCGGCCGCAGCGGCGGCUUUUCCCACGGCCAGCAGUCUGCGUGGAUUGAGUGGAGCCGAUAAUCAGCAACAGCAGGCGCAUCAGCAGCAGCAGCAACAGCAGCAGCAGCAACUGGCCCACAGCACCACGAGUCCCGAAGGAUCACCCACCACCACCACAACCACCAGCGGCCACACCCAGCUGAGUGCUUUCGUCCAGCCACCCAUCGGAUGCUCCUCGCCGGUGCUGGCUCCCUUGACCAGUUUGCAGGAUAAUGACAACAACAACAACACCAACAAUAAUAGCAACAUUGAUGCAGGAUUCGAGAGCGAUAGCAUUUCGGUGACAGGAUCACCGCGAAAGUCCCUGGGCUCGCCUCUGACUCACGACGAGGAGGAAACCGAUUCCAUAUCCCGCGAAGAGAAUACGAAUCAUAACAAUGGAAUAGGAGGAUCUCUCGGAGAGAGCUCGCCGGGAUCGGGCGGAGCCUUUACGGCCCUCAUCCAGAGGAGUAAGAAUCCGACGGACUUGUUUGGUGGCUUUGCCGGGACUGGGAGCGGAAACCAUUUCCCGCCAGCGCACAGCUUCAAUCCCGCCCUAGCCGCCCAGCUCUUCCUGCAGAGUCCCCUGCUCCCGCAGUCCAGCCAGUGGCUGUACAGCCAGCUCUACGGCAGCUACAGUGAUCUGCCCUGGCUGAGGAACGCCGCGGCUGCUGCAGCAGCCUCCAAUCUUAACCCGAACACCACCCCCACGCCCGAGGGUGUGCCACCAACGAGCCAGGAUCACGACGGGGUGAACCUCAUUAAGCGCUGCGUGACCCUGAUAACCCACAAUCCCCCCGAUGCCGAGAACGCCAACCCGAACGCCUCGCCGCCCGUCAGCUCCAGCCGGCGGUCGCCGUCGCCCGUAGAAACCAUCGAUCUGGACGAUGUAAGCACCACCUCAAGGUCGGCUAGUGGGGCGUCCAGCGGCGAGGCAAUCGGUGGCGCCGGAGGAGGACUAGCAGGGGGCGGAGCAGCAACAGCAGCAGUAUCCGGGGUAGGACCCAUCCGGAACAGGACUCCCAAGCCAUCGGCGGAUGUUUGGCGACCAUACUAGCGGCUGGCGGCCGCCUUGCUCGGGGCAGGGGCUGGAGUGGGAGUGGGAGCGUGGUCUGACCCAGGGGUUGGGUCUGGGAGUGGGGGUGGCUAUAGUACACCCCAAGAACAACAACAACAACAACAGCAGCAGCAGCAGUAGGUGUUGUGAAUAAAUAGUCGCCAUAUCGCAGCUGGCCAAGAUUGCUUCACAAGGUUAUUUUCUUUUUUUUGAAUUUUUUAACACAAUUAACCCGAGAAAAUAAUCAAUUCCUAGGCACAAGCCUUUCAGUCUUAUUAACCAAAGACUAACUCUAAAUAGUUACAACUUUGGUAAUUCUUUUUUCAUUUUGAAAUAUUAGAACUUCUUCGGGUUCAGCACUUAUUUUCAAAAAUUGUUAAAUACAAAUUAUACACUUUUUGGGAAAUUGUGUGAGUUAACAUCAUGUUCCUUAAAUAUUCUAUCACAAAUAUUAUAUUAAGAAUAUUCGAUUUUAGAUCUUGAUCUUGAGUCUGGGAUCAUGAUCAGAAAAUUAUUGGAUCUCUUCUAAGAAACGUAUAACAAACGGACUGGAUCACUUCUAUUCUUUUGUUUUCACAAGAAACUUGGCUAUAUUAAUAUUUAUAAGAAAGACUCACCACAAUAAUUUAAUAAAAAUUCCAAAUCAAAA